AUGUCAUCGAGAAAGAAGGUCCUUCUCAAGGUCAUUAUCCUUGGCGAUAGCGGUGUCGGAAAGACGAGUCUGAUGAACCAAUAUGUCAACAAGAAGUUCAGUGCAAGCUACAAGGCCACCAUCGGCGCCGACUUCCUGACGCGCGAGGUUCUCGUCGACGACCGACAGGUGACGAUGCAGCUUUGGGAUACGGCAGGACAGGAGCGCUUCCAGUCUCUGGGCGUCGCUUUCUACCGUGGUGCCGACUGCUGCGUGCUCGUAUACGAUGUCAACAACUCCAAGAGUUUCGAUGCUCUGGACAGCUGGAGGGACGAGUUCUUGAUCCAGGCUUCGCCACGGGACCCGGACAACUUCCCCUUCGUCGUUCUUGGAAACAAGAUUGAUGUUGAGGAGAGCAAGAGAGUUAUUUCAACCAAGCGCGCCAUGACCUUUUGCCAGUCCAAGGGCGGUAUUCCCUACUUCGAGACCAGUGCAAAGGAGGCCAUCAACGUUGAACAGGCAUUCGAAGUUAUCGCGCGGAACGCUCUGGCCCAGGAAGAGUCCGAGGAGUUCAGUGGUGAUUACCAGGACGUCAUCAACAUCCCCAUCGAAAACCCCCGAGACGGAUGUUCUUGCUAA